UGCACAAUAUCUUGCAAGAGACGAAGUCGUUUGGCGGUCAAUCAAGUCAUAUUUCUUUCCAGUGAACAUGCGAAGCUGUGUAGCUAUAAAUUUGGUAAAAAAACAAUUCUUGUGUGUCAUCCCCUUCACCAGGUGGCACCCAUUUGCUCGACAUCAGUCAAAGCGACGAGUAGUAAUGGAUCCAACAAACGACUGCUUCUCAUUUCAAUUCGCAUUGGUCAAACAAGCCGUCCUGCAUUUGCUUGCAUAUAAUUUAUCUACGAUUUGUGAAGCUGCUGCUUACGAUGGAACGACACAAUCGCCGGAGCGGCAUCGGAUACCUUUAAGAUGUAGGCGACUGAACGAUUUGUGUGAGCUGUCUCUUCCGGGACAGUACGAUUUAGUAAACAAGCUGGUGCACAUCUACAGUCUUCGCAUAUUUGACGAUGCUCCAGGCACUGUUCAUACUGUAAAAGCCCACCCUCAAAUGGAUAAUAUUGCACGUUCAGAGGUAAUGGCAAAAUCCCGUCUUGCACUACGCAAAGGACCUGCGCUUCUGCAUUUGGAACGGCCGCCCCUAUCUCAGUCAGAUUCCGGGCGUUCAUCGUUAAACGCCUAAUGGUAAAAACUGACCGAACACUAUAUUAUGCAGACUGCUA